AUGCCAGACGCUGAUACCAACCGUAAACGCUCUCGUUCUCCUUCCGAUAGCGACCAACAAAAACAGCACAAGAGAGCUAAUAUUGGCUCUUCCAAUCCAUUAGAAGAAUCUUCAUCCACCCCUCCAGCCUCCUCCGACAAUCAUGCUGCUGUCUCAAAACCUGACGCAGAGGCUUCCAAGUCGUCUACAGCCACCACUUCCGCAGAACCUUCAGCUUCUUCGAGUGGAACCGCAGCACCUCCGCCUUCCGCCAUGAUCCAUAUGCGCUGCUUGAUAGUCACUCAAGACGCAUCCAUUAUCAUUGGCAAGGGUGGGUCUCAUGUCAAUGAGAUCAGGGAAAAGAGCGGCGCUCGAGUGAUGGUAUCCGAAAGUAUACCCGGGAAUCCCGAACGAAUCCUCAAUGUGAGCGGGCCUUUGGAUGCGGUUUCAAAGGCCUUUGGUCUCAUCGUUCGCCGCAUUAAUGACGAACCAUUUGAUGUACCGUCUGUACCUGGCAGCCGAGCGGUCACUAUCAAAUUUAUGAUUCCCAACUCCCGCAUGGGCUCCGUUAUCGGCAAGCAGGGCUCCAAGAUCAAAGAAAUUCAGGAUGCCAGCGGUGCAAGACUCAACGCCAGUGAGGGCAUGUUACCUGGUUCUACUGAGCGAGUCCUUAGUGUCGCGGGUGUCGCUGAUGCAAUUCACAUUGCCACGUACUAUAUUGGCAACAUAUUGAUCGAGGCUCAAGAACGCAUGCCUCCUACCUCUGGUUCAAGUUAUCGACCUUCUAGUAACACCAGUAGUACUCGACGCCCCCCUGCCACUACUGGUUCGACGCCCUAUGUUCCUGGAUUCUCGAGCUACUCUGCCGGAAAUCCCUCCCCGCAACUUCAAACACAGCAGAUCUACAUUCCAAACGAUUUAGUGGGAUGUAUCAUUGGCAAAGGAGGAAGCAAAAUCAAUGAGAUACGACAUAUGAGUGCCAGUCAGAUCAAAAUUAUGGAGCCUGGUGCUGUAGGCGUUAGCGUGGCCGGAGCGCCAGCACCAACUGGCGGGGAAGGAGAAAGAUUGGUCGUGAUCACCGGGCAACCGGCCAACAUCCAGAUGGCUGUUCAGCUACUGUAUCAUCGUCUCGAGCAAGAAAAGCAAAAGCAACUCCGCGCACAGACUUCUUCCUCAUCAUCAUCAGCUUGA